UUAAUAAUAUUAAAAAUGUGAUUUUAUUUGAAAUAAGUUUUAUAUGUACCUGGUUACAUUUGACAAAUUUUCACAAGCUUAAUGCUUUAUAUUUGAAUCAUAUUUUAAAUCAAGGUUAAAAUUCCUAGUGUAUUAUUAACAAAAGUUUUGCAAUUUAUUAAAAAUGAUNGGGGCCGCUAUCGAGGUGAACACCGAAGCUGAUCGUAGGAUAGGUGAACAAUGGGAACAUAGCGCAAACGCCGAGGUCAAAAUAUACGGCGCCGACGGCCACAUUCAUACCGUUAAGUGCGAGACAGAGUACGGCAACGGCUUGGGAACGGUCGGCGCCGAGGGUCCGAACGCCGGCAUCGAUAUCGGCGUAAAGUCGGGCACCGACUUCACGGGAGUGGCCCUAAUGGCUGAGGCCAGUGCCGUCAAAGCCGAGGCCACUUUAGGUCCGGCCUACGCCUCACUCAAUGUUAACGCCAACACCGGGGUCAAAAUGGGAACCGGAGGCUUUCAAUUGGGUGUACUCGGAUGGGGCGUGACUUUAGGUGUGGGCGGCCGAUGGACUGUAGAUACGCCGUUAGGGUCGGCCGGUGCUCAAGCGCCGGCUAUGACCCAUACGUUGCCCAAUGAGGUUAGGACUCGGCGACGCCAUAGUGGUGACAGGAAUUUGAUUACAAACUGAGCAAGGCAAAAUAAACGUGUUAUUUUAGUUUCGAAAAAUAUCCCAUAAUAUUGUUAUUACACAAGCAGUCACUUACUCGUUAGCUCAAUUUGGAUUUAAAAUAAGCAA